UCCCUAGGGAGAGGUCUGCACCAUGAUUAACAAGAAGUAUAACGAGUUCCUGCCCAGCAUGCAGAGCGCCGAGGAGCUGGUGGCGCAGGUGGAUGGGCUGUCCAGCAACAUCGACCUGCUGAGAGCGGGCAUUGAGAACGAGGUUCAGCGAGAUCUAAAUGUUGCUGUUGCUGAAUUUACUGAAUUGAAGCAGCAGCUGGAGCGAGACACGCUGGUUCUGAGUAUUCUGAAAAAGCUCCAGGAGUUUGAUACAGCUAUUAAAGAGUACAAUACUGCAUUGCUGGAAAAGAAGUAUGUUGCAGCAGCUCAACAGCUGGAAAAGGCACGAAGCAGCCUGAAAAUGCUGGAAUCCCGCAAGGGCUUUGAGCUGAAGAUCCUGAAAGCGCUAGGCACAGAGCUCACAGUGCAGACACAGAACAUGCUCUAUCAUCUAGGAGAAGAAUGGCAGAAAUUGGCUGUAUGGAAGCUUCCUCCUUCGAAAGAAAGCAGCAGCCUGGAGUCGGUGAUGCAUUCAGAACUGCACUUACGCACAGUACCGUCAAAAGAGGAGGACAUUGCUGGCCCACCUGUUGCUUCUGUGCUGCAGGCGUUUGCUGUCCUAGGAGAACUGCACACCAAGCUUAAAAUUUUUGGCCAGUUGUUGCUGAAAUACAUCCUCAAGCCGCUGAUUUCAUACCCGUCUCUUCAGCCAUUCACAGAGGAACAGUCAGAUGUGUUCAUCCUACGUUUUAAGUCCGAGGAGCCUAACUUGGAUCACUCCUCUCCUAUGGAGGUUUUUGACAAGAUCAAGCUUAUUUUUGAAGUUCUCUACAAGUAUCUGCUGAAUGUGCCUCUUGAGCAGCCUGCGGAAGAUAAAAAGGAGUGCAGAGUCACACUUGCAGAACUGCUAGGUGAUAUGAUAUGGGAAGAGUUAUCGGACUGCCUCAUUCAGAACUGUCUGGUGAAUUCAAUCCCAACCAAUAGCAGCAAACUAGAGCAGUAUAUAGAGGUGAUUAAAUCGACAGAGGAAUUUGAAAAAGCCUUGAAGAACAUGCAGUUUUUGAAAGGAGACACGACUGAUUUACUGAAAUACGCCCGUAAUGUCAAUUCCCACUUUGCUAACAAGAAGUGCCAGGAUGUGAUUGUGGCAGCCAGAAACCUGAUGACCUCAGAAAUACACAAUACUGUAAAGAUCACACCCGAUUCCUGUGUAGCCCUACCAAGGCUUCCUGAUCCUGGGGCAGGAGAUCACUUAAAAACACAAAAACCAUCUAAACUUCUGCAUAACGACAUGGUGAAUUUGGAGAAUGAGACUAAACUGAGCCAGUACACGUUUUCUCUGCCCACAUGCCGCAUCAGUUCAUCAGUGGAGAAACUGAUGGAGCUGGCUUAUCAGACGCUGUUGGAGGCUACAGCCAGCACAGAUCAAUGCUGUAUACAGCUCUUCUACUCUGUACGGAAUAUAUUCCAGCUGUUCUAUGAUGUAGUGCCAACAUACCACAGGGAGAACCUUCAGAAAUUACCCCAGCUGGCAGCCAUUCACCACAACAACUGCAUGUAUAUUGCUCACCACUUGCUCACUCUGGGACACCAGUUCCGAUACCGCCUGACUAACAUCCUGUGUGACGGAGCAGCUACUUUUGUAGAUCUGGUACCUGGUUUUAGGAGACUUGGGAUGGAGUGUUUUCUGGCCCAGAUGCGAGUGCAGAAAGGAGAGAUCCUGGAGAGGCUGUCAAGUGCCAGGAAUUUUUCUAAUAUGGAUGAUGAGGAAAAUUACCGUGCAGCAAACAAAGCAGUAAGGCAGGUAUUGCAUCAGUUGAAAAGACUGGGAAAAGUCUGGCAAGAUGUCCUUCCAGUGAACGUGUACUGCAAGGCUAUGGGGACUUUGCUGAACACGGCUCUCACAGAGAUUGUCACUAGGAUUGCUGCCCUAGAGGAUAUCUCUGCAGAAGAUGCAGAUAGGUUGUACUCCCUCUGUAGGACCAUGGUGGAGGAAGGACCCCAAGUUUUCACCCCGCUACCUGAAGAUGACAAAAAUAAGAAAUAUCAAGAGGAAGUUCCAGUCUACGUGCAGAAAUGGAUGACAUUCAAAGAGCUGAUGAUCAUCUUGCAAGCCAACCUCCAAGAAAUAGUAGAUCAGUGGGCGGAUGGGAAGGGGCCUCUUGCAGCUGAAUUCUCCGCAGCUGAAGUGAAGAGUCUGAUCCGAGCCUUGUUCCAGAACACAGAAAGGAGAGCAGCAGCACUGGCCAAAAUCAAGUAACUCUGUGUUUACUCCUACAUGUUCCAUCUUCUGAUAAAGCAAGAGCAAACUGAGUCUUUCAAAUAUUUUUCAGAUUUGACCCUUCUUAUUUGUACUGGUAUAAAAAAGCUUAGCAUUAGGUACGUGCUUCCUGGAGGCUUGACUGAGGGAGAAGGAACAUUACCUAGCUCAGUGUUUGUAGGGCAGAGAGAAUGGCUCUGUGAGUCUGGGACCAGAAAAACAAAGGUGGGCAACACAUAGACACUAACUGCUUAUGCUCCAUCUGCCAGGCAGAUGGAGUUUGGGCUUGAAAAUUCAAUCUCCUGCCAUGCUCCCCAGUGGUGUUCUGCCCAGAUCCAAAUUUUCCUUCAUGAGCUGGUGGGUGUACAGUCCUGGUGAAGAAGAGAUGCUUUUUGUGAUGUUUGCUAAUUUCGGUUCUCUAGGAUUCCAUCUUCCUGUUAAGCCCAGUGUAGG